AUGAACUAUGAAAGAUCCGAUAACAAGAAGGGACUUUUAGAAAGUAAUCGAAAUGUAAGAAGCUCUUAUGUGAAUAAAACAUACUUUUCUUCACCAAAGUAUGAUACUGACAAAGUGAAAACAUCUGUCAAUUCUAGUUCAGUUGGACGACAUACAAACAGAGCAUCAGAAUUAAGGAUUCAAGCUUUCAAAAGAAAUAACACACCUAGACACCAGUCAGAUAUUGCAACGAACAAACAGUAUCCCAGGAGAAUUCCUUCUACAAGCUUACGAACUAGUUCCAAAUUAUACAGAAGUUCCUCAAUGGAUACUGGUAAAGAAACCACCUUUAAUCAGCCUGUAAGAAAUCAGAUUAAUCCAAAUAUGAAAGAAGGAGAUAAGAGUAAAAUUCCUAUUCAAAAUAUACUUGAUAUAGGCGCAUAUGCAAGGUCGGCAAGUCAAAUGAAAAUUCCAUGUGAUAUUCCUUUGAUAAAAUCUUUAAAAACCGGUGAUCAUGUUGAUGUGUUUAGUAGUGAAUUAAAAAAUCAGCCUAUUGAAAGAAGUGAUCCACAAUUUGAAGGAUAUGAAUUUAAUGGAUGUAUAGUUUCAGGAAAAGGUGAAUAUAUAGCCAGUCCAGUUCAACCAGAUAUGAGAAACAAAACUACUUCAUUGCCAAACCACCAUCGUAAUCAACAACAAAAUCAUCCAUCGUAUUCUAAUACAAAUUUACGUAGUCAAGCAACACCACUAGUAAAAGAUGAAUGUCAGUGUAGUAAGUUAUCUAGACAAGGUAGUUUUAAAAUUAGUCACCUGCAUAAAGAAGUACAAACGUAUUCUUUAUCAGAAUGGCGACAAGCUAGUGAUAUCAAUAGUUGUACAACACUAGAUACUAAUUUCUUCAAACACACUACUGGUGAGUAUACAAAAGUUAGAAAAAGUAUGCAUGAUAAGUGUGUUAGUACUCAGGAAGAGAAAAAGUAUUCUCCAUCGAGUAUUUUUCAGAAAAUAAAGAAUGAUCUCAUCUCCUUUGAUAAAGAUGAAUGUAAUCUAUCAAAUAAAAGUAUUUCUUAUCAAUUUGAUGAAAUUUCCCCGAAAUCAAUUAACAAAAAGCAUAGUAUAAUAAGAAAACAAAAUAUGAAACAUGAAGGCGAUAUAAAUAAAUCGAAUUCAGAAGAGUCAAGUUCGUGUACUCCUGCAUAUCGUAAAAAAAUUCGUAAAUUUCUCAAAUGCCUUCAUAGGCAUCCCCCACCACCACCACCACCUGUGCAUAUAAAAUCGUAUGUUCUUAAUGAGACAAAAGAAGACUCAACUAAUCUUUACUCUCAUCAUGAUGCCAAUCAAACACAGACAAAUUCUGAAGAUAAAAUGAAUAACUCAAAGUGUUCUGGUGAAGUGAACUCUAUGGAUAAUAAAGAGAUAAGAAAGACUAAACAAUGUAAACAGACAUCAAUACGACAUAAAUUAAGAUGUCGUAGUAUAUUAGCACAUUAUGCAAUAACUUAUAAUCAUAUGUUAAGAAGACUUAAUCGACAAAUAACAGGAUUAUACAAUCAACAUGAUCAAGGUUUUCAUGAAGUACAAAAAGAAUUUUAUACAAUUCGUAAACGUUUAACUGAUAUUUCUGAUCAAGUGGAUAAUAUCUGUCAUUGUUUAACUGAUCAUAAAAUAGUAUUAGAUACAUUAACAAGAGUUGUAGAGUCUAAUAAAUCAAUUUAUAAUUGUAAUAAUCGUUUAGCCGAUAGUAAAUAUAACGAUUUAAAGAUUGAUAAUAACGAUAAUGAUAACACUGAUAAGCAUUCUCCGACUAUAACAAUUAUUAAUAAUGCUGACGGUGAAACUGACUGGAUUGAUUCAGAUACUGGAGACGAUCAUAUAGAGAUUUGUACAGGACAAAGUAUUGCUACAAGUUUUAAAUAUUUGCCAACAGUAAGUAAAGAUAUUGAAAAAGUUGUCAAUGAUACAAUGAAGCAUAAUAAAGGCAGUAAAACUAAUCUAUCAUCGGAAGAGUAUACAAUAAUCACAGAAAAUAAUUCAAAUAUAUCAAAUCAAUCGAAUAAUAUUUCAGAAAAUAAUAAAAAACAUCAUGAAGACAGUUCUGCUUCAGUGACAUCAAAUAAUAAUAAUGAUAAUACACAAAUUCUUGGUGUCAUAUCGUUAAACAAUACUAAAGCAGGUGAAUUUUCAAGUCAUGGAUACGAUUAUCAUGAUGAUAUUGAUAGUCAAACUGAAAUACUUAUCAAUAAAGAGAUCAUUUCUAGUCAUUCACCGACUUCAUCACCGCCUACACUUACUUAUAUGCAACAAAAUAAUACUGAUGAGAAUAUCAAUGGACAGAAAGCAUUGCAACGCUACUAUCGUCUAGCUUAUAUAAGUAGUCAAGAUGUACGCACUUCUUCAGAAUUACUGCAUACCUCACCAACAAUAAGUAAUAAUCUAAGCAUACAGGAUAAUAAAAUACAUGUUAAAAAAAAUAAUAAUCGAUUAAUAAACAGCAAUAAUAAAUCAUUGACUCAUAUGAAUAAAACUGCAAAACAUCACGUUUCUUCAUUUGAUAAGCCAGUAUGUCGAUAUAACAAUAAUUCUUUCAGUGUAUUACCCUGUUCAACUAAUUCACCAGGUAUACCGGUUGCGUGUAAACGAAAUCAAGCCUUAGACGUGUCUAAAUCAACAAUGAUCAAUCAACAGAAGAAUUCUGGACAAUAUUCACCACAGAAAAAUUGUAAAUUAUUGAAUAAACAAAGCCAAAAUAGUUUUAGAAAGAAUUCAACAAAUAGGCUAAAAGUAAAGUUAAACAAUAACAAUCAAACUGAUAUUCAUGAAUGUGAGUCGCAAAUUGUAAAUCCGAUGAAUAACAGGAAUACAACUACUGCAUGUAAAAGUGAUCUGCGUAAUCCUUGUAAAAACAAGUAACAAGUCAAAAAAAGUCUGCUGCUGAUGAUGAUAAUAAUAAUAAAAAUUCUAUAGUUGAAAUGUAUUCAAAAUCCCUGAGUGUACAUCAUUGAACGAUGAUCAUAUGUUCACUCCUUCUCGAAAGAGAAAAUGUCAUCCCCGUAAAACAUAUGACAAUGAUUAUAUUAAUACAAGCCAAUUAAACACAACCAGUGAAAGCAGGAAUAAUAUGUGUACUAAAGCAACUAAUGAUAGAUAAUCGUUUGUUAUGAGUAAGAGAUCAGUCAUAAGGUUGGGAAACCAAUACUCUCAGAGUAAACACCUAUGUAUUACACCUAUCAUAAUCAUGACUAUUAUAAUAACGUCAAGUACAAUUCAACUGAUUGCUUACAUAUAUGAUUCAUGUCAGUUCAAAUAAUAAUGUGGGUUAAAAAGAGCUUGAAUUCAAAGUCAUCAGUGUACAUUCUUCAAAUUUUUAAAAAUAUCUUUGUGCAUAAAAUUGAUUGUAUGAUGUAUGGCAUGAAAAUGAAAUUCAAAAGUCUCUAGAAGUCGAUAAAAGUUUAUUAGAAUCCAACUUUCAGAUAAAAUCUAAGUGGAAGAAUUCAGCAGCCGUCUAAUUAAGCUUCAUUCCAUAUAAAACUCAUAGACAAGGGGACUUAUUUGAUGAGUGUGUUACAAUAAUACCUUCAUAUCGUCAUCUUCAUACCUUGUGUAGUGAAAUAAUAAUCUAUGAUCAAUUAUGUCAAGUAAAUGGUAAAUGCCGGAAUAUAUAUUACGCGUCAAAUUUGAUAGGCAAACAUUAAUCUGUACACUGUUAACGAGAAGAAAGAUAUAAACUGAUUGUAAAUAUGAACUGUAGUUCCAAACAUUAGUUGUUUAUUAUUAACUCUAACGAUAGUAAACUGAAUUUCCUAAUUCAUGUUAACAGUUAACUCUCUAAAUAUAAACUAAAAACUGAUAACAUAAUGCAACUUCAUAUUGAAAAUUGAAAUUUGAACAAAUUUUAAUGACAGUGAAUAAUUUCACUUGUUUAACUAAUUUUAACUGUACAUUUUUGCAUAUGUAUAUCUAUCUGACUCAUAAACAAAAAUCGAAUUUUUUGAGUCGUUAAUUGUUCAUUUCAAAAAAAAGCAUCGAA